AGCCAUCUCCCUCUCCAUUUCUGAUUUCUCCCGCGCCCUACAAGAACGCGCCAAGGGCCGAGGCCAACCCUGCGCCUAGCAGAGAAAACCAGAGAGCCGCCAUGGGCAUGUUCACGGUGACCAAGCUGUCCGAGGGACCCGUGCGGCCGUCCGCCGCCACGCCGUCGGAGACGCUGCCCAUGGCCUGGGUCGACCGGUACCCGACGCACCGCGGCCUCGUCGAGUCCGCGCACAUCUACCGCAACGUCGCGGACACGCUGCUGCCGGCGCCGGCGCCGGCGUCGGAGGGAGAGGCUGAUCGUUACGCCGUGGCCGACGCCGCCCUGCUGCAGGCGGCGACCAACAACAACAGGACGAAUAAGAAAUCCCCGGCGGCGGUGGUGCGCGGCGCGCUGGCGGACGCGCUGGUGCACUACUACCCGUUCGCGGGGCGGAUCGUGGAGGACGUCCCGGGGCGCCCCGCCGUGCUGUGCUCCGGCGAGGGCGUCUACUUCGUGGAGGCCGCCGCCAACUGCGCCCUCGCCGACGUCAACUUCCUGGAGCGCCCGCUUCUGCUCGCCAAGGACCAGCUCGUGCCGUGCCCCACGCCGGAGCUCUGGCCCGUCGAGCCGCACAACACCCUCGCCAUGUUACAGGUCACGACCUUCACCUGCGGUGGCUUCGUGGUCGGCCUGCGCACCAACCACGCGGUGGCGGACGGCACGGGCGCGGCGCAGUUCCUGAACGCUGUCGGCGACCUCGCCCGCGGGCUGCCGGAGCCCCGCGUGAAGCCCGUCUGGGCCCGGGACCGCUUCCCCGACCCGGACAUCAAGCCCGGCCCGCUCCCGGAGCUGCCGGUGCUGGCCCUCGAAUACAUCGCCUUCGACUUCCCCGCCGCCUACAUCGGAAAGCUCAAGUCGCAGUACGCGGCGUCCACGGGCGGCAAGAUCUGCUCGGCCUUCGACAUCGUCAUCGCCAAGCUCUGGCAGUGCCGGACGCGGGCCAUCGACGCCGGCGCCGACGUCAGGCUCUGCUUCUUCGCCAGCGUCCGCCACGUGCUGAAGCUGGAGCCGGGCUACUACGGCAACGCCAUCUUCCCCGUGAAGGUGUCGGCGCCGGCGGAGAAGGUGGCGGGAUCGUCGGUGAUCGAGCUCGUCGGCAUGGUGCGGGACGCGAAGCGGCGGAUGGCCGAGGAGUGCCUGAGCUGGGCGGAGGACCGCACCGGCGGGCGCGACCCGUUCCAGAUGACCUUCAACUACGAGUCCGUGUACGUGUCGGACUGGAGCAAGCUCGGGUUCAACGACGUGGACUACGGGUACGGCGCGCCCAUGUCCGCCGGCCCGCUGGUGAACUGCGACCUCAUCGCGUCGGUCAUCGUCAUGAGGGCGCCCGCGCCGCUCGCCGGAACGCGGCUGCUGGCCAGCUGCGUCACCAAGGAGCACGCCGACGACUUCGCCCGCAGGAUGCGGGAGGAUCUCGUCUGACGUGGUGCAUGCGUACGUGAGGAACUAGGCCGCCGUAUACCUACGUGUGAUCUAUGAGAGCUACGUUGGGAGAGCUAUACGAAAUGGUAUUGUAUUCCUGUCUAGAAGAUUACUACGUACAUGGCACUUGAUGUACAAAGUGCAGUGUGUGCAGACAAAAUUUCAUGGAGUUGUUGAGCGGUGGCUGACGAGGAAGCGUCACUCACUAGUGUCCACGUCGAGAGAAACACACUCCAUAUCUAAGUGGAUGUGAAGUCUAACAAUAUCCAUAUACCACAUCACACGAUUCAGUUUGGGCGUGUACUCAUAUGUAA